AUCAUCAUCAUCAUCAUCAAGAAAAAUGAUUUCGGCCAUAAUAAUAAUUCUAUUAUCAUCAUUAAUCGAUAUGAAUAUUGGUCAACAUAUGUCAUCAUCAUCAUCAUCAUCACAUUAUCAUCAUCAUUUAAAUUAUCGUCGUCAAAUGAAUAUGAUGCGUACAUUGGCACAAAAAGCAUAUGAACAUGGUAUACGUAUCAAUGAAGAGGCACAAUGUUCCAAACCACGUGCAGAAUUAAUCUAUUUGAAUGAUAGUAAAAAAAUUUAUUUACCACGUGCAACAUUAUUAUAUCGUUGUUCAGAUCUUACCGGUUGUUGUCCACAUGCAACACAUUCAUGUGAACCAUCACGUGUGGAAAAAGUGACACUAUAUUUUUUCGUUAUUGGUGUACCACAAUCAUCAUCAUCAACAAUGAUGAUACGUCGUAAUCAGAAUAUUGAACAAUUAACAUUUAUUAAUCAUACAGAAUGUGCUUGUAAACCAAUUGAUACAAUGUGGUCAUUGGAGAAAUUGAAUACAGCGGUUGAUGUAACAAUGAAUGGUCAAAAUGAUUCCAUACAACAACAACAACAACAACAACAGAUUCGAAAUAUACGUGAACAAUCAACAGCUGUAAUACAUGCACGUAAUAGUGGUAAUGAUAAUCAUCAUCAUCAUCAUCAACAUCAUUCAAUGUAUCAGGAAACGGAAAACGUUCUUAAAUAUUGGGCCAAAAUUAUGGGCUAUAAUGCAGAUAAUAAUAAGAAAUCAACAUAUCAUCAUCAUCAUAAUAAUAAUAAUCCACAUUAUCAUCAUCAUCAUCAUCAAUAUGAAUAUUCAAAAAAACGUAACAAUAAACGAAAUACAACGAAAAAGAUCAUGCCAUCUUCUGGCCGUAGUUCGAACUAUUCGCCUAAUAAUAAUAAUCGAAUAUCACCAACAUUAGCAUCAACAAAAGUAACAUUCAAAACUCCUGAUGUACAAUAUACAUAUUCGACGAUUCAUGAAUCAUCAUCAUCAUCAUCAUUGAAAAAUCGAAUAGCUGAUUCAACAUCAUCAUCAUCAUCAUUUUAUGAUCAACAACAACAAAAUCCUAUGGAUAAUAAUCUGAUCAACGCUAUAAUUACGCAAACAAUUCCAUCAAUAGAUGUAUCGGCAUCUGAUCAUGAUCAUGUUACAUAUUAUAUUGCCAGCAAUAAUCAACAACAACAACAACAACAAUUAAAUAAUGUUCAUAAUAAUGAUAAAAUCAUCUACACAUUGGAUGAUUAUUAUUGAUAAAAAACAAAAAUUUUCUUUUCAAAUUCAUGGUAAUGGUUAACACUGAAUGGGGCAUAUUAAUAUGUUUAAUGGGUUUAAAACCUAAAUUUCCGGUCAAUUUUUUUCAAAUAAAAUCAUUUUGUUUAUAU